CCACUUUGACAGCGAUUAAGUAGCAACAGCAAGCCCAGUAGCAUUCCGAUCAUCGCAUCAUUUAAGUCUGAAAGCAGCGACAUGGAACGAAACGAUGUCGAUUUGUUACUUCACGAGAAGGGAUACCAACGAAGAAAUUGCUCAACAUAUUCGACAGAAAACACAUGGUGAUCCCACUUUCAAGUUUUCUAAUGAUGCUAUCCAUGGUUUUKCCUUUUACGAAAUCACUUUCGAUCAGCAACUUGCAUCUGCAGUAAUAAACUACUUCCAAUCGAGCGUUUCCAAAAAAAUCAUUACCRAUGAGCCAAAAGAUCACCAACUUCUAUAUCAGAAGCAAGUAGAUCGCAAGGUGAACAAUCCAGGCUUUUUGCUGGAGUUCUCUUUGUAUUCGUGUCCCGGGAACAAUUAUCUGGACCAAGUUUUGCGAAGCGCGAUCGAACUGGAUGUGGUGCAACACUAUCGCAUCAGAGGAGACAGCAAUUUCGACUCGAUACAAGAGAGCCGGAACCCAAACGGUACAGGACAGGAACAACGACAGCAGCCACUACGACGAGUUCGUAGAUGGAUGUCCAUUCCUCCUUCUGAACGACCAUUGGAACUUCAACAGUAUGUCCAGCCAUCGCUUCAGCCAUUCGGCGGAUGUCAGAACAAAAUCGGCAAUGGAAACGUCAAGAGCGACACCAACUUGAGGGGGUUUUCACUAUCGCAUUUUCGUGUAACGAGGGAAGACAUGAAACUUCUACGAGAGGUAAUUCUUUCGUCCAGAUCUGGUGGUCUGGAGACUUUGUCUUUCGUAAAUGUUGCAUUUCUGGAGGAUGAAGCAGUCCAUGAACUAUCUGAAUCUCUCGCAUUACUAUCGCAGCAAAUGCAACUCAAUCAAAAUCAAGACAUCGAUCAUAAUAGCAAGAUUGCCCGAGAUUUAUCAACAGGAUUGUCGGCUUCUAGAAAAUACCUUCGCGAAUUGAGUUUGGUGCGCUGUGAUUUGACCGAUGAGCAAUUAGAACUCGUUGUGCGGUCAUUGAUGACGACAACAAUUCGAAACAACUGCGGAACGCUUCCUUCUCCAUCUCAUGGCAUUAUGAAAAGUAGUUUGUCGAAAUUGAACAUAUCCUCGAAUAGAUGCGGCGAACUAUCGCUCAAAGCCCUGGGUACUUGGUUACUGAAUUUGGAUUCAAAAUCAACACCGAAUGCACUGUGCUCCUGUUCCUUGGAAUCCCUUGAAAUUUCGAACAAUAUUGAAAACGACAACAUCGACACUCUUUCUAAUUCUUUGCAAUUGCGUUCUUGGACGCAGCUGAUGGAGAAUAAGGGKGAUCAGGGAAAYUAUGACGAAACGGCAACGGAUAUUGCACUAGCUGUCGAUUMUAGCAAACUACGCACCAACAAAACACUGAAACAGUUGCGACUGAAUGGCAAUACCCAUCUGGGCGGAAGAAACGAGGAAGGAGUUGUCAAUUUGGAAUGCCUCGGUCGAUUCGUUUCGAACUGUUUGGUUGGAUUAAAAGAGUURGAUUUAGAUUCYAGUGGCGUCACGGACGAUGGUUUCRCGAGAUUUGCUGGUGCAUCGCACAUACUGCCAUGUUCGGUAACCCUUGACAAAGCAACUUCAUCAAAAUCAUCUUCGAUAACUUCAAAAGCUGGAUCAUUGAUUUCUUCGGCAUCGCCAAACAUUUCUCUACGACUAUUGCGGUUAUCAGGAAACUACGAAAUUUCAUCGAGAUCAGCUCAAGCGAUGGUUGAGGUUCUCAAUCGAUAUCCAAUGUUGAAAAGCAUAACCUUUGGAUGCUACAAGAAACAAAAUGUGUGGAAACGGACCAUCCACGAGAAACAGAUACGUCAUUUGUUGACCAUUAAUGAAUCUGGACGUGUUCUUUUGYUCUCUUCUGGAAAUCACGAAAAAUACCCUAGUGGUGAGUUUGUUCCGCUAUCGUUAUGGGCUGUGGUCUUGGAACGCAUCAAUCGUCGAUUUUGGAACAAUGCUUGGUCGAAAGAUUCGCAAAUUCAAGCUGCGGAUGCUAUAUUUUUUUUGAUCCGCCGGAAUAUCACAAUCGCGAUUCAGCGAUCGAAGCACGACUCGGGUAGAACUACGGCAGUGAUAAGUUCCCCUUCUGACAUUSAACCAGGAAACACCAAAGAUGACGCAAGKGUAGGUACGCAGUGCCCCCAACUCCGACUGGCAACAAACGGRAACAAACGAACGCGAGACUGUAAUGCGGAGACCAGGGAUUUCAAGCGGAAGUCUCAAUGAAUGCAWUCAUUUUCAUAGGUUGCUAUUUUUCUUUCAUUUACCUAGGGUUGUUUUUGUUGGAAAACAACUAUUGAAAUUUUUGUUUGCAAUGAACAAAYAAUAAAAAGUUUGACUUCGCAAAUGCAAUUGUGACGGGGAAAUAGGCUAUUCAAAUCGUCGAAGGCAACUGAAAAGGUACAAAAGACAUGAAUUUGAUUUCCAGAAAUGAUACUACAUUGAAAAGUAGAGGCAAAAAUCCUAUUCUUUUUCGUAGGUUGCUGUAAAUCUGAAAGUUCGACCUAACUUCAUGAACUUUCUUGUUUAAUUGCUUCGAUACUGGUGUUUUCGUCAUCCUUAUUCUUGAAGACGAACGCAAGUCCUUUUUUGUAGGUUUUAAUGGAGGGAGAAAUGGAYCCCCCAUCGACAGCUACCACAGGAACCCCAUCGUAUCGAUCUGGAUCCAAGAUCGGUCUUGUUCUCAAACACACUCGAAGGACACCACCAAUUUCUUUUGAGUUGACCAUGAUAGGAAAGUCUCCAGCGAUGCAUCCUCGUGAUAGUAGCUGCUUCAACUCAAUAGUGACCUGUGCAAAUGCAAUCCGGAAUUUGUUGGGUAAAUUUUAGAGCCAGAAAAGGAACAUAAUGUACCUUCAGGAACCCACUGACUGAUGGCAAAAGCGAUUGCUUCGGUURCUUACCUUCCCAAGAAAAAUAUCCUUCGCGUCACCUUCUCCUGCUUCGUCUUCSACCGCUUGCGGUUCGCUCCCYCCACGGCUGAAAAACCACGAUGAUUUCUUYCUUUCUGCUGCUUCUUUUCUAGCUGCAGCUUGUUGACGCUUUUGUUGAUUGUGAAGAUAGUAAACACUUAACUGGAUGGUUUUAGUUUCCAUUCUUCGCAGAAGUAUCCUUUCUUGUUUCGGAUCUUUCCUCGGAAGGCCGAUUUGUUGUCUACACGACUUGCUAGAMGGAUCAAAGUCGUAUUUGAACUGUAGUGCGGAAACCUUUCCCGAAACUCUUGCGGAUGAUCUUCGCUUCAGCGACAAACCUGUAGGAUCGAAAUUCAUAAAUACGGGUUUGCUUGGAUCUUCCGGAUGAAUGGGAAGUUGUAGCUUGCUACUUAUCCUCAAAUCUGGACAAUCAAAGUCAGCCUUCUUGCUCUUGGGCUGCUUACUCAGUAUCUUUUGUAGCUUCUCAUUUUUAUCCAUCUCGAAAAGUCCCAUAAUUGCAACCUCCAACGAAUUGUUCGCAAGGUAGUUUGAUGUACUAGCAUCGUCAGAACUAUUAGAUGAAGCUGCGCUCUUCCCCGUAUUCGUGCAGGUCUCAACCAAAGAAAGUAUAUCGYCUUCCAACAUGUACAAUUUCUUGGCGACAGCUUUGUUUUUGCUGUCUUCAGACUGACCAUCACAUCCCUCGUUCCGUUUUGUUUCAUGCCCUCGCGGACCCAAUUGGACAGAGUCUGAUCCCUCUGUAUUGAUGAAAUGAAYGGCUUUUUGACAC